AUGUUCAGCGAGCUGAUCCAUCUCAUCCAGAACAGAAGCUCUGAGGUGGAGCAGCAGAUCAGAUCCCAGCAGGAGAUUGAAGAGGGUCGAGUCAAAGAGCUUCAGGAGAAGCUGGAGCAGGAGAUCAGGGAUCUGGAGAGGAAAGACGCUGAGCUGAAGCAGCUCUCAGAUACACCAGAUCACAGCCAGUUUCUCCACAACCUCCCCUCAGUGUCAGCAUUCAGUCAGUUCAAACACUCAUCCAGCAUCAACAUCCGUCCUCUGAGACACUUUGAGGAGGUGACAGCAGAUGUGAAAGAGGUCAAGGAAGAAAUACAGGAAGUUCUGAAGGACACCUGGGAAGGCACCUCACAUCUUAUCUCUCUGCCAGAUGUUUUACUGUCACAACCACAACCAAAGACCAGAGCUGAAUUCUUAAGAUAUUCAUGUGGCUUCACUCUGGAUCCAGACACAGCACACCAAUUGUUGGCUUUAUCUGAUGGAGACAGAAAAGUAUUGGUAGUGAACCAGCAUCGGUCUUAUCCUGAUCGUCCAGACAGAUUCAGUUUUUACUAUCAGGUUCUGAGCAGAGAGAGUCUGACUAGACGUUGUUACUGGGAGGUGAAGAUGAGAGGGAUGGUUGAUGUAGCAGUCGCAUACAAGAGUGUCAGCAGAUCAGGAGAUGAAAGUGCAUUUGGCACGUUUGAUGAUUCCUGGUCAUUAGAGUGUCGUGAAAACAGGUUUGAGUUGGUGCAUGACAGCAUCCAAACUCCCAUCUCAGGUCCUCAUUCCUCCAGAGUAGGAGUUUACCUGGAUCACAGUGCAGGUAUUCUGUCCUUCUACAGCAUCUCUGAAACCAUGACUCUCCUCCACAGAGUCCAGACCACAUUCGCUGAGCCGCUACAUGCUGGACUCUCGCUUUAUUCUGAUGGAGUCACUGCUGAGAUCAUUGUCUGA